UUCAUGUUGGCUGGAAUGAGAGGAUGUUCUGAAGCGAAAGCGGAUUGUGUACGUGAGACAGUAGCCAACACUGAAGUCACCUGGUCUGUAUUGUUGCUGCUGCUUGAUGGGGAGGAGAGAGUAUCAACAACGCGACCAACCCACUUACUUAUACUCACCACAGCGCUGAGGUAGUAAUGCGACAGAGUACGUCGUCUAAGCAAGCCAUCAAGCGAAGAGCAGACGGAUUC